CGCGCCCGGCGGCGGCGGCGGUGCUUUACGGCCCGGCCAUGGCGGAGGGAGAGCGGGCGGGGAACGGCGGCGGCGCCGGCCCCGGGCGGCCCCCGAGCUCCGCCGACAUAGAACGGGCCGAGGAGCUCAAGGCCCGCGCCAACGAGUUCUUCAAAGGCAAGGACUACGAGAACGCGGUGAAGCUGUACAGCAGCGCCAUCGAGCUGAACCCCUGCAACGCCAUCUACUAUGGCAACCGCAGCCUGGCCUACCUGCGCACCGAGUGCUACGGCUACGCGCUGGCCGACGCCACGCGCGCCCUGCAGCUGGACAGCAAGUACGUCAAGGGCUACUACCGGAGAGCGGCCAGCAACAUGGCCCUGGGCAAGUUCAAGGCUGCCCUGCAGGACUACGAGAUG